GUCUAUAUAAACAAGCCACUCACUUAUCCAUUUUUAAUCAACAAGAAAAAAAUGGUGCUACUAGAAAAACUAUGGGAUGAUGUUGUAGCCGGUCCACACCCUGACCGUGGCCUAGGCAAGCUCAGGAAGCUCCAAGUUCAAAACUUAGCCAACCAAGAAGGGGAGGCGGCGAAAUAUCAGAGGUCAGUGUCAAUGCCGGCAGCUACAUCGGCUAGCCCCGGAACACCAGGAACACCAACAACACCAACGACGCCGAAUUCGGCACGUAGUAAGGAUAACGUGUGGAGGAGUGUGUUUAACCCAGGCAGUAACCUCAACUCUAGGAAUAUUGGAAAUCAGAUCUUUGAUAAGCCCUCUCAAGCAACCUCUCCUACUGUUUAUGACUGGCUCUACAGUGGAGAGACGAGGAGCAAGCAUAUUUGAGUGACCAAUUGACAAAAGUUCAACUGAGUACUAGUGAUAACCUUUUACUAUGUUAUUGUUACAUAUCUAGUUAUUUGCCUUUGAUGUUGCUAAUGAACCAUGAUGUUAUUCAUGGUUUCAUGUCCUGUAAAUAUAAUUAUGUAGUGUUCAUCGUCUUCGCCCGACGACGUGAGUUUUGUUGUCACGGUUGUUCCUGGACUAGACUUCUUUUUGUUGCAUGUAAUGCUGCUUUUUUUUAGCUACCUUGUUGUCUGACGUUGUUGGUUGUAAUGAAGAUAUGAACCAUAAAGUCGACAUUCGUUGAUCAAAACCUACUUGUGUUGAUUUUGUUUUCCUUUGAUUUCAAA